UUACAGUCUUGUUGUCGUUGGGUUGAAGUAUUCUAACUUCUGAGUCAUCAGCAAUCAGGCCCGUCGUUAUUUUUGAUUGCUUUCAAGUCCACGAGAACUUUAAACCAAAUCCUUCAUUAGGUCUGGAAUCAGUAUGGUAACAGCUAUGGAGAAAUUAAGGGACAAACUUAGCAAAUAUUCGUACCAAAACGCAGAUGUCACUUCUAGGGAUGUUCUUAACACCGUGACUCAAUUCCGAGGUUUAUCACAUCAAAUUGAACCUUUCGUUUUCAAUGAUGGAAAGGAGAAACAGCUCUGUAAAUUGCACGGAACCAUUCCUGUUCCUUACAAGGUAUUUUCAAAUGGUUCAAAGAGGAGCCUGUUGAACUUAAAGGGGACAGUGCCUGUACCUUACAAGGGUCAAAACUAUAAUAUUCCUGUAUGUAUUUGGAUCAUGGACACUCAUCCAAACAAUGCUCCAUUAUGCUAUGUAAAACCCACUUCUGAUAUGGUCUUGAAAAUCUCAAGGUCUACCGACCACAGUGGAAAAAUUUACUUGCCUCAAUUGCAUUUGUGGGAUCCUAGACAACCAAACUUGCUACCCAAUCUUGUCCAAGCUAUGAUUAGUGCUUUCUCUGUGGAACCUCCUGUCUACGCAAAACCGAGAGAAACCUCACAUCAACAGCAGCAGGCCAACCAGCAACAAUCAUCAAGUUUUACACCUUACCCUACUCAACCUUACAUGCCAGUUCCAAGUGGGGGAGGAAAUCCUCCCUAUCCAACUGCUAACAGUGGUUAUAACUCAGCACCCUAUCCACCAGCAACUCCAUAUUCUGGGGGGUUCCCUGCUCCUUAUCCAGGCUAUAACUCACAAUCAGGCUCUAAUUCAGGUUACCCUCCAUAUCCCACUGGGGGUAAUCAAUUACCAUAUCCUGCAUAUCCCUCAGGUCAAUACCCAGCAGGUCCAUCAAUGCCACCAUCUGCAACUACCCAGAAUUCUGGCAUUGAUUCUGGAACAGGAACAAUAACUGAAGAGCAUAUUAGAGCGUCUUUAUUGUCUGCUGUUGAAGAUAAGAUGAGGCGUUCAUUGCGUGAGCAGUCUAGUCGAGCUCGUGAUGAAUUGGAUAUUCUCCGUCAAACAGAAUCUGAGCUCAGAGCUGGGAAAAAUCGAUUGGACAACAUUCUUUCCAGGCUCUCUAAAGAGCAGGAAGAGCUUGAUAAAAAUAUUUCAAUGCUGAAAGAUAAAGAAGAGGAGCUAAGUAAAGCUACUGAACGUCUCUCUGACCAGGAAGUGGAUGUGGAUGAGGCUGUAACUACAACUGCUCCCUUGUAUAAGCAGAUAUUGAACUCAUAUGCUGAAGAAGCAGCACUUGAAGACACUAUAUAUUAUGUUGGAGAGGCACUACGUCGAGGUGUAAUUGAUCUAGAUGUAUUCUUAAAACAAGUGAGAUCUUUGUCACGAAGACAAUUUAUGUUGAGAGCAUUAAUGCAAAAAUGCCGUCAAAAGGCUGGAUUAAAGUAAUUGUUUUCAUUUGGA